AUGGGCCCUAGCAUUGACAUGUUUAGUCCAUUGCCUCACUCUUUACUCUCCACCAUUGUUUCCUUGAUACCAUUCAAAGAAGCGGCAAGAACCUCAAUCCUCUCUAAAAGUUGGAUAGACAUUUUUAAGUCUACAUCCAACAUAGAAUUUGAUGAGUUCUAUUUUGUGAAAGAUGGUCAAACUUGUCAAAUUAGACAAGCCGAGCGAAAGAUCUUUCUAGAGUUCAUGACACUUUGGAUUGCUAAUCACAAAGAAAAUGUCAUUGAUAAGUUCUCUUUGAGAUUAUCAAUGCCUAGAAAAGCUAAGAGGGUUGUGGAAAAAUGCAUUGUCUUUGCCACAAAACACGGGGUGAAGGAAUUGGAGUUGAAUUUUUGUGAUCCGACUUUGGAUUUUUAUUUUACAACUAGUUAUAUUAAUCAAGUGGCCUUGUUUGAAUUGCCAGCACAUGUUUAUGACCACACUUUUCUCAAAUCUUUGAAAUUGUUUUCGUGUAGCUUUGUUGAAGCUGAGUUGCGUAACUUUUAUGCACUCAGAGAAAUUUCUUUGGGUUGGAUGGAAGUGAAGCUCACUACUAUUAAAAACUUGUUGUCAAAUUGUAAGGUGCUUGAGAGUUUAAGUCUCAAGAGGUGCUGGAAUUCAGAUGACUUUGAUUUAAGGGAUGAGAACCUAAGUUUGGUCAUAGACGUACGUUCCCUUGUGAUGGAAGAGGAAAUUCUCGAGUUCUGCAUUGAGUUUGAAGGUCAAGCUCUUUUUCUAUACAAACUAGUGGAAGAUGUCUCCGGUGCUAGUGUUUUGACUGUGGGUAAUUACUUCCUUCAGGUUGUUCCUACUGGAGGUUGUUUUCUCCGAAUGCCACGUAGCUUGAACGUGAAGAGUUUGAUAAUGAAGACCUCUUUGGAUCAAAAUGAGUUUCUAAGAAUUACGUUCUUACUUAAUAGAUGUUCUGAAUUAGAGCACCUCACUAUCAAAUUGGGUCUUCCAAAGAAAUUUUUGGAUUAUGAGUUACCAGACAACUUUAACCUCGAGAGGUUUUGGAAGGAUCAUGCAAGGGCUUAUAGAUGCAUGGUAUAUACUCUUAGAGAGGUUGAGAUUUAUGGCUUUAAAGGAUCAAUGAAUGAGUUUCGUGUGCUUACCUAUUUCAUCACAACUAGGAGAGUCUUGAAGAAGUUGACUAUCAACAUAUCGAAGGAUGAUGUUGCAGAUCUAGAUGAGAAGUUGGACUCCUACCAAUGGGACAUGACAAAAGUGUCUCUGUUCCUCGGAGACGCCGAAGAAAUCAACAACAACAACAAUGGCCACAAGGUCCAUAACAACACCCAUGGAAAGUCUCUAAUGCCAAGUCCGACAUCCUUUGAUUCAUUCGGGGAACCAUCACCUGGUCUCGGAGGCUCUACAAGUGAUGUGCCGUGCACAAAGAGCCCCUACGAGGAAUUCAAGAGAUCAAUGGAAGACAUGGUGGGAGCGAGACUGAAGAACGAUGAGAAGGUAGACUGGGAUUUCAUGGAAGAGCUCUUGUUCUCUUACAUGAACAUGAAUGAGAAGAAGGCACACAAGUUCAUUCUCGCUGCUUAUGUGGACGUGAUCAACCUCAUGCGGAAUCGUUCGCAGCCUGCUCUGGCGAAGAGUGUGAGGACUGUGAGGAUCGGCAAGAGAUAA